CACCAGCGAGUCGAGCGCAACUGCAGCUGAGGAGUCUCCGUUCGUUUCGAAAUUUAUUCUUUUCAUUUCCUUCAAUGUGCAAAGUGCAAAAUUUGUGUGUCAAUGCCAAAAAUUAGCAAACUAAAAUCUCUCAAACAAUCCAGAUUGGGCAAAAGUCUAUCAUCCAGAAAAGGAUCUCGUACCGGAAACUCGGCCAACAAUAAAGAACUCAAAGUGCUGACCUUGCUGCAGACUGUACCGUGA